AUUACUUUUUGGAAUUACAAUGUCAUAUUGUUUCUUGGCAUGCUCAAUAUUAGAAAUGAUUGUUUUCGUGAAGAGUGCUCCUAAACUUGGUCACAUUUUAUUUGAUCCACUUGAUUAUGAAGCGAAUUUAACACUAGAGGUCACAAGAGAGACGGAAAAUACUACUGACAAUCAAUAUUUACGAUCGAACCUAACUAAUCAAAUCUUAACUACAAAAGCGUCAAAUAAUUCAAAUGGCUAUGGUUUCGAUGAGACUAUAUGCAAAGAAAAGAACGAUAGAAUUUUAUGUGGAUACAAUAAGAAUAUAGAUAAUCUUGAAAAUAAGGAAAUAUCAGAAGAAUCAGAAAAUGGAUGUCGAAUACGUGGUGAUAGAUUAGAAUGUGGAUAUUUAAUUGGACCAUUCACAAACCCCAGACGUCCACCCGCAAACUACGAAGAACAUGAAGAUAUGAACAAUACACAAUCUGAACUAAAUCAUAAUAUAACGACACAAGCAACUGUAGCUACAUCGGGAAUUACUUCUACCAAAACUCAAACAGGGAUUCAAUCACAGAUAUUGAAACUUAGCAAAAAUAAGACCACAAAUAAAUUAAACAUUUCAACGACCAUAACCCCUAUCAAGAUAACGACAAAUACAAGACCAGAAUUACUUAAUAAAUUAAUAAUGCAAAGCUCUAAAAACGAAACUACCAAAAGUAAAUGUGUUGAUAAUAAUGAUCAUCUUUUUUGUAUUCCAAUAAAUAUAAAAGAAAAUUCUUGA